GGCGGCGGCGGGAGCGGGUCUCCCGCGGCCUCUCGGCGGCGCCGGUUGCAGCCAUGAGCGAGUCCAGCGGCAGUGCGCUCCCGGCCGGCAGGCCCAGCAGGCAGCCCUUCGUCCACCAAGAGACUCUCUCUUUGGACUCGAGCUGCUUUUCUUCCCCACCUGUGAAUUUCCUUCAAGAGUUGCCAAGCUACCGGUCCAUUGCACGUAGGAGAACAACCAUCCUUUCCCGAGACAAGCCAAGUGGCACUUUACUGAAGCCAACAGACUCUUACAGCUCCCAGCUGGAGGGAGGAAUGACCGAAAACCUCGACAGCCAGUCCAUUCGGAAGUAUGCGCUGAACAUCUCUGAGAAGCGGAGACUGAGGGACAUUCAGGAGACCCAAAUGAAGUACUUAUCUGAGUGGGACCAGUGGAAACGGUACAGCAGCAAGUCUUGGAAGAGGUUCAUAGAGAAGGCUCGUGAGAUGGCGACCCACCUGGAGCUGUGGCGGGAGGACAUUCGCAGCAUAGAAGGGAAGUUUGGCACUGGGAUUCAGUCCUACUUCUCUUUCUUACGGUUUUUGGUGUUGCUGAAUUUGGUGAUAUUUUUGAUCAUCUUUAUGCUGGUUUUGCUCCCAGUCUUGCUCACCAGAUACAAGAUCACCAACAGCAGCUUUGUGCUCAUUCCAUCCAAAGGCAUGGAUAUUCAAUGCACAGUAUAUCCAAUAAGUAGUUCUGGACUCAUUUACUUUUACAGUUAUAUCAUAGACUUACUUUCUGGCACUGGUUUCUUGGAGGAUACCUGCCUCUUCUAUGGACAUUACACCAUUGAUGGGGUGAAAUUUCAGAACUUCAUCUAUGAUCUGCCUCUGGCUUAUUUGUUAAGCACAGUUGCCUACCUGGCCCUGAGUCUUCUCUGGAUAGUGAAAAGGUCGGUGGAAGGGUUCAAAAUCAACCUGAUCCGGAGCGAGGAACACUUCCAGAGUUACUGCAACAAGAUCUUUGCCGGCUGGGACUUCUGCAUCACCAACCGCAGCAUGGCGGAGCUGAAGCACAGCAGCCUGCGCUACGAGCUCCGGGCAGAUCUGGAGGAAGAAAGAAUACGGCAGAAAAUAGCAGAAAGGACCUCAGAAGAAACGAUACGGAUUUACUCUUUGCGGCUGGUUUUGAACUGCAUUGUGCUGGCCGUUUUAGCGGCAUGCUUUUAUGCAAUCUAUAGAGCAACUAUAUUCUCACAAGAACACAUGAAAAAAGAAAUUGACAGGAUGGUUUUUGGAGAGAACCUCCUGAUACUGUACCUGCCUUCUGUUGUGAUCACGCUGGCCAAUUUUAUCACCCCAACGAUCUUUGCCAAGAUUAUCCACUAUGAGGAUUAUUCUCCAGGAUUUGAGAUCCGGCUGACAAUCCUUAGGUGUGUCUUUAUGCGGCUGGCCACCAUUUGUGUGCUGGUGUUCACCCUGGGCUCCAAGAUUACAUCCUGUGACAACUACUCGUGUGAGCUCUGUGGCUACAACCAGAAACUCUACCCGUGCUGGGAGACCCAAGUUGGGCAGGAAAUGUACAAGCUGAUGAUCUUUGACCUCAUCAUCAUCUUGGCUGUGACACUUUUUGUGGAUUUUCCUAGAAAGAUCCUGGUGACCUACUGCUCCUCUUGGAAGCUGUUUCAGUGCUGGGGACAGCAGGAGUUUGCCAUUCCUGAUAACGUUCUGGGGAUCGUUUACGGGCAAACCAUUUGCUGGAUUGGAGCUUUUUUCUCACCCCUUCUUCCUGCGAUUGCAACCUUGAAGUUCAUUAUCAUCUUUUACGUGAAAGAGAUAAGUCUUCUUUAUACCUGCAGACCCUCCCCCAGGCAGUUCAGAGCGUCCAAUUCUAAUUUCUUCUUCCUGUUGGUGUUGCUGAUUGGGCUGUGUUUGGCGAUAAUCCCUCUGACCAUCAGCAUGGCACGCAUCCCUUCCUCCAAAGCCUGUGGGCCGUUCACCAACUUCAACACCACCUGGGAGGUGGUCCCCAACACGGUGGGCACCUUUCCCAGCUCGCUGCAGUCCCUGGUCUAUGGCGUCACGUCGGAAGCCUUCGCGGUGCCUUUCUUCAUGAUCAUCUGCCUCGUUAUGUUUUACUUCAUCGCGCUGGCCGGAGCACACAAGCGGGUGGUCCUGCAGCUCCGCGAGCAGCUGUCCUUGGAAAGUCGUGACAAGCGUUAUCUGAUCCAGAAACUAACAGAAGCCCAGAGGGAUAUGCGGAACCGGCUAGACUGACAGGAAGACGCUGCUGUGUGUGGCUUACAAGCUGCCCUGGUGACCUGCCAGCCAACAAAGCCCACCUGGGAUUUUAGCAGAGAUUUUUUUUUUAAUACAUUUUUCUGAAGCUUGGGCCUUUCCUGAGAGUGGUUCCAUACGUGUGCAGCUGCGGUGGCCGUGUGUACAUGACCCAGCCCCUGUUUAGGGCUUAGGGACUUAGAAAAGCGGGUUCAGUGCCAUGUCUUUGCCUGUGGCCCAGCAGCUCAGGGACAGCUCGACCAGCACACUGACUUAAGAAGCCCUUGAAGCUUUUACAACCAAAACUGAGGAGAGAGCUUUUGUAAUUUUAUAAGCUUAUUGGUACUGUCUUUUCAAGUUAACUGUAGACAUUAUCUCUCCAUGAGCCUGGGUUAAUUCUUUCGAACCAGAUUCUGGGUUCAAAGGCCGGGAAGUGUUCCUUAAAAAGUAGUGACUCUUUUGAACGGUUCUGUAGACUUAAUAUGGAGACCUGAUUGUUUUAAAUGAAGAGAAAUCCUUGAAUCGUGAUGUUUGAAACAGAUGGUGGGAGCAUGGAGAGGAUGGUUAUGUAAUUUCAGCUACGUGGUAACAUGGAAUAUGAGAGUCAUUUUAUAUGAGAGCAAAAAGCCCUUCCUGCCACUUGAAUGAGCAAGGAUCUGAAGUGCCCUGGAUUAAGCCUUAGAAGGAGGGGACCUGCUGCGGGGUGGCAGCCUGGAUUUCGUAGCUUCUGGGGCAUUUUGUUCCUGCCUUGCUACUCAGAGGGAAGCUGCCUUUAAGAGCCUGGAUAAUCCCAAGCCUUCUGUUCAACUUCUAGUCCUGAGUCUGGAGACUUGGCAGAGGGCCCUGUGCCAUCAAGAAGCCAAGUCUGUCUCUCGGUCUUCCAAACGCUGUCUCCCUUCCUGCACUGAGGUUUCUGAAUGACACUUCACAUUUCAGAGCCAGGCUGGAAAGGGCUGCUGAGUAUUUGAGCUGUGAGUCUAUGCACAGAAGUGUUUUGGCAUGUGGGCGGCAGCAUUGGACCGUCCUGUGCAAGUUUACCGAACUAGACUGACUGCUGACAUCUUAAAUGCACAUAUUCGUAUUUUAAGGGCUAUUGUUUGCUUUCUUGUGCUUAAAAUUUUUUAAUUUUCUUUUACAAAAUAUGCAGAGUAUCUCUUAAUAUUUCCGUUACCAUAAAAACCAUAUGCAAGAAAUACGUCAUCUAAGCUUACCUGAAAUUGGUCACUUUAAACCUUUUAAUAUAAGCCUAGAUUAUGGUUUAAUGUAAUCGGUUGUCAUUUUAAUACCUUGAGACUCUUGUUCAAAGUACUGUAGUUUUGUAAGGGACCGUUUGUGCCUUCCUUCCAGUGUUUUCCUUUGUUUUUCAGGCUCUAAACCUUCCCUGGGAGUAGCCUGGAAUUUAAAAGUGGGUGCAGGUUUUAGAAAGCUGCUGCUGGGAAGAGUAUUUCUCACCGCCCCCCCAACUACUCAGAAAUGAUUGAUUCCUUGCUCUGAGGAGCAAAGCUUAGCACAGGUUUACCAUAGCUGACACAUUUCUGUAUACUUGUGCCUUGUCCCUUUGCCAGACCAUCUUUUUGCUCCCACAAAGUUAGCAUUAACACGGGAUAUUUUUAUAUCUGUGAAACUGAUGAGCUUUUCAAGCUUUUCCUGCCUUGAGCUUUAUGAAUUUGUAAGUCUAGUUAUAACUAGUAUCAUGAAGUUUUGAGCAAACAAAAGUUCAUUCCAUCCUCAGUUUUUAAAAAUUCUGAUUGUUGGCGUUUUUGCCAACAAUUUAUAUGCAUAACAUUCUUGUCUUCUCCAUGCUUCUGAGGACAGUUAGGUUUUCUCUGUAUGUGUGUGUGUCAGUGUCAGUGUGUAAGAAGCUGUUUUCUUUCCUUAUUAUACUGAAAUAUGUUAAUAUAUUCAUUUUAGUUAAAUGCUGCUAAUUUGCAUACUUCUUACUUGAAUGUUUUUAUAUAUUUUGAUAACUUUAAUAACUGCAGGUGAUGUCUGUAUAAUUGUUAAAGUGCAGCUCUCUCUAACAAAUGUGCAUUAAAACUACUGAUUAAACUGUGUCUUGAAGGUUUUAAAAUGUGAUUAUGUAUAUUUGAAUUCUUGGAGGUUUCUCGUCAGCAAUCAAGUGAUCAUGGAAAACUACAACAGUUUGUAAAGUUGCUCUUUGCCCUUUCCUAGAAUCAGAGAGGAGAAAGAU